GAUGUUGAUGAGGAGAUUGAGGCAGAAUAUAACAUACUGCAGUCACUUCCCAACCACCCAAAUGUGGUCAUGUUUUAUGGAAUGUAUUAUAAAGCUGAUCAGUAUGUUGGAGGACAACUUUGGCUUGUUCUAGAGCUGUGUAAUGGUGGAUCUGUUACCGAUCUGGUGAAAAGCAUACUGAAGUGUGGACAAAGACUGGAUGAAGCCACAUCAUCUCCUACAUUCUAUAUGGAGCCUUACUGGGUCUCCAGCAUUUGCACAAUAAUAGAAUCAUCCAUCGUGACGUGAAAGGGA